GAGCCCGUCUACUUAUUAGACAUUCUCUGAUUUCAACUUUCGCUAUAAUCACGGUGCUCUCGAGUCGCGAGGAGGAUAUCUCACGUGUAGUCAAGUCUACCACAGGGAACGCGAAUUUCAUAGAUGUCGGUUCAAGAUGUUGCGGAGACAAACACCAAAUCAGCAGACCUAAUUUGAUGCAGCAACGAACUUGCGGAAGGAAGGUGAUUGAACUGAUUUGGAUGGGAUCUAGUGCUCUGCUAACAACAUGGAACUCGAACUUCCACUUAGCUCUGGCUGUGCUGAAACACACCAGUUUGGCCUGAGAGUGAUGGUGAAAGAAGAAGAUAUUAAAGAGGAGGAAUAUGAUCACAUGAUUUCAUGUCCAAAUGACGAAGAAAAGCCCUUUGCAGAGUUUCACUGCAAAACUGAAACAGACACCACAGAGUCACCAAGGUCUACUUACAAUGAAAUACUACAGACAACUGUGAAGACUGAAGUGAAGAAAGAGGAAGAAGAGGAGGAGGAAGAUGGAGAGGAGGAGGAAGAAGAAGAGGAGGAGGAGCAGCAUGAACAUCUGCUGGAAAGUGUAUCAGAACACCCACAUAUAACGCAUCAGAAGAUCCAUGGACUGAAUGAUGAACUCCACCUGCAACAUGAAGGAAGGCUGCACCACUGCACCGUCUGCAGGAAGAGCUUCACCACCCUGACAGAACUUGAGAAACACCAGCAAACGCACUCAGUUUGGGUGAAUGAAAAGGAGAGGUCUCGCAAAAAGCCACAUAAAUAUUUGCAUUGUGAAAAAGCAUUUACAACACCCUCACCAGUCAACCACAACAUGCUAUGCACACAUACAGGAGAGAGGCCUCAUACAUGUUCUCAGUGUGGAAAAGGUUUUUCACAUGGUUCCAGUCUUUCACGCCACAUGCUUGUACACAAAGGAAUGGACAUGCUGUGUGCACCUGUAGGAGAGAAGCCUCAUGAAUGUACUCGGUGUGGGAAAGGUUUUUUGCACAGCUCGAGCCUUUCACGCCACAUGCUUGCGCACAAAGAAGUGCACACAGGAAAACGUCACAAAUGUGCCCUCUGCGGAAAAGGUUUUUCACAAUUUGCAGGUCUUAAAAGGCACAUGCAAAUACACGCCGGAAAGAAUCCAUAUACGUGCUUCCACUGUGGGAAGGUUUUUUCACAACUUCAUCAUCUUAAAACCCACAGAAAAACACACACUGGAGAGAAGCGGUAUGUAUGUACCCAUUGCGGAAAAGCAUACAGAAGAUCCACGAGCCUUAAAUACCACAUGGUUACACAUACUGACAACAGUCUUCAUAAAUGUGCUCAGUGUGGAAAAGCAUUUCCGGCCCCUUCGAGGCUUAAAACCCACAUGCUAGUACACACCGGAGAGAAGCUUCACGUAUGUGGCCAGUGUGGAAAGGGCUUUUCACAAAUGUAUACUCUUAAACGCCAUAUACGAGCACACGUCGGAGAGAAGCCUCAUAAAUGCGACCAGUGCGGAAAGGUGUUUAAACACCUCCAAACUCUCCAAGACCACAUGCUAGUGCACACGGGAGAGAAGCCUCAUAAAUGCGACCAGUGUGGAAAAGCCUUCAGAACAUCCCCUACCCUUAGAAGCCACAUGCUCACACAUACUGAGAAGAGUCUUCAUAGAUGUGCUCAGUGUGGAAAAGCUUUUGCGGCCCCUUCAGCGCUCGAAACCCACAUGCUAACUCACACUGGAGAGAAGCGCCAUCAAUGUUUCCGGUGUGGAAGAGUUUUUUCAACAAUGUUUAAUCUUAAACGUCAUAUGCUAGUACACAAGGGAACGGAUUAAAGCAACACUAAAGCACUUGUCCGCGGUCGCAAGCACGUUAUUUGUUCAUCCAGCACUGGCUUUGUAAAUAGGCCUAAUGAUGUCCACAGACAAGCUAGAGUAUGACUUUAUGAAAGUAUGAUGUGUUGUGACAUCAAAGCAGGUUGCCCUGUAUCUGUCGCCCUCAUUAGUUGCCCUGUGUCUGUUGCCCUCAUUAGUUGCCCUGUGUCUGUUUUGUCUGUUACCCUCAUUAGUUGCCCCUGUGUCUGCCCUCAUUCUGCCCUGUUGCCCUGUGUCUGUCACCCUCAUUAGUUCCCAUGUGUCUGUUGUGUCUGUUACCCUCAUUAGUUGCCCUGUGUCUGUCGCUGUCAUUAGUUACCCUGUGUCUGUCGCCCUCAUUAGUUGCCCUGUGUCUGUUGUGUCUGUUACCCUCAGUAUUACCCUGUGUCUGUUGCCCUCUGUAUGUUGUGUCUGUUACCCUCAUUAGUUGCCCUGUGUCUGUUUCCCUCAUUAGUUGCCCUGUGUCUGUUGUGUCUGUUACCCUCAUUAGUUGCCCCUGUGUCUGUUGUGUCUGCCCUCAUUAGUUGCCCUGUGUCUUGUGUCUGUUACCCUCAUUAAUUGCCCUGUGUCUGUUACCCUCAUUAGUUGCCCUGUGUCUGUUGUGUCUGUUGCCCUCAUUAGUUACCCUGUGUCUGUCGCUGUCAUUAGUUACCCUGUGUCUGUCGCUGUCAUUAGUUACCCUGUGUCUGUCGCCCUCAUUAGUUACCCUGUGUCUGUUACCCUCAUUAGUUGCCCUGUGUCUGUUGUGUCUGUUACCCUCAGUAUUACCCUGUGUCUGUCGCCGUCAUUAGUUGCCCUGUGUCUGUUGUGUCUGUCGCUCCCAUUAGUUGCUCUCCAAUUUUUCAUACACAAAAUUAUAUUUAAGUUACACGUCAGUAAACCUCACUCUUGUUUAGUCACUCCUCUCCUCUCUCACUCUCUCUCACACACACACACACACACACACACACAGACACACACACAGACACACUAGAAGGACAAGGCUUUUCUAGUCACAAUCUUUCAGAUUUCACACACACUAGGAGGAGGAGGCCUUUCAGAUUUUUGGUUUCUCUCCUUCUUCCACUUCUUCUCUCUUUCUUCCCCUCUUCUCCUUCUUCUCUAUUUUUUUCAUUUCUUUACAUGUGAUGCAUUCUUGUUUUAUGUGGUUUAUUUGCCAUCUAACUUAAUAUGGGUUAAGUUUACUAUGUUCAACUGACAUCUAACUUACUGCAGUUUACUUGGCUAUUUGGUUUCACUUAGAUGACAUCUAACUUACUGCAGUUUACUUGGCUAUUUGGUUUCACUUUGAUGACAUGUGACUUACUUAAGCCUUAACGCCUGUUUACACCAAGAACGAUAAUGAUAACGAUAACUAUAGAAAAAUAUCGUUCUCGUUCAUAUGAAUGGCGCCGUUCACACAUAAACUAUAACGAUAACGACAUGAAGAACGAUAAAUUUUGAGAACGAUCAAAAGCGAACAGCCAAUCAGAACCCAUAAUAUUCUAGCCAUCACAUUCAUUAACACGAGGAGAGACUUUUCUUAUCGUUGGCCAGUGUGGGCGCUUUUAUCGUUAUGGUUAUCGUUAUCGUUAUCGUUCUUGGUGUGAACGGCCCUUUAAGUGUAUAAUUUAAAUUGAUGACGUAUCAUUUACUGUUUAAUAAAUUUAC